GCGAAACCCGAAAGGGUGCGAAACCCUAGGGCUGCGUUUUCUCCGCGUACAGAUGAUAAGUGACAUUCACAAGACGGACACUCUCUGGGUGCCAUUCUACGCACUCAUCGUGGCUGUUGUCAGUGAAUGUGAGUGAGCACGAGAAGAGCCGGGACGCACAGAUCUCUGUGGUUCUCUUGUGUUGUGUGCUUGUGUCUGCAGUUCUGAGCUGGCUUUUGAUCUAUCGGACGUCGCAGUACAAGAAGAUCAAGAACGACGUCGACAGAGCCGUCAAGAAACGUAAGCCGAAAUGACACGGGACCGAUCGCUGGCUGAUGCCGUGACUGUGUGUGUGUGCCUGUGUGUGCGGUGCCUCCCUCCCUGAUGCGUCAAUCACUCACUGCGUCACUGACGUCAGUGAGCAGGAGUAAGGAUGCAGUGGUGGGUAUCCUCAACAAGAAGGCCCAGAGUAAGAAGAUCAAGGACGACGAGAGGGAGCUGCAGAAACUCAACCGCGACAUGUACUCCAUGCGCAUGAAGGGGCAGUUCUUCCUCAUGUUGAUCAUGGGCGCCUUCUACGCUAUCUCAGCUUCUUCGUAAGAAGCUGUCAGCCAGCCAGCCAGCCAGCGGGGGUCAAACAAGCGACCGACCUCACUCACACACACGCCGGCCGACCGGCCGGAAUGUGGACCUCUGUGUGAGUGUGUCUGCAGGUUCGAGGGCAUUGUGGUGGCGAAGCUGCCCUUCGAGCCGCCCUGGUUCCUCCACGGCCUCACACACAGGGGGCUGGUGGGGCAGGACUACACCGACUGCUCAUAUUCCUUCUUGUACGUCAUCUCGACCAUCUGCCUACGCAUCAACCUUCAAAAGCUCCUCGGUCGGUGGGCGGUGGGGGGCAGUGCACACCCACACAUAUGGGAUGGGUCCCUUGAAUGCUCUGUGUGUGUGUGUGUGUGUGUGUGCUGCAGGGACGGCGCCGUCCGCCGCUCAGGCUCAGAUGAUGCCAAGCGGGUUCCAGUUGCCCGACCAAGCCGCCGCAAUGAGAUGAAUGAAUG